AUGGCAAAAAAGCGAAAAGAGACACAUAGUGCUACUCUACAUGAUUUCUUCUCGAGGAGCGCGGCGAACAAGAAGCCCAAGGUUGAGGAACUCGUUGUUGGCUUGAAGAACAAGAAGAAGGAUAGACUCAGGACCGUGCCCACCCACGAAAUUAUCGUAAUUGAUUCGGAUGAGGAGGUCGAGGCGAACAUCGCGGUGGACCCUUCUACAAGCCGUCGAGCGAGAGAAAGCGUCGCGUCGAAGGCCGUCGACGUGGGACCGAAGACUUCGUUCUCCUCUGGACUAACUUUGAAGGUUGAUUCCAGUCUCUUCGGAAAACCAUCUGCUUUGCUACCUUUCGAUACUCCUGGCUCUAAGACGAAGGCGGACCCGCGGGAGAGUUCGCCGUUCGGGAUUCCUUCUCUCUUACUCCCGUCGAACGCUUACUCAUCAUGCACGAUCUUCAGGAAUGGUAGUGCCAAAGCUGAGGCUGUAGAGUCGUGUUCAACCUCAAUUUCCGGGCCAUCCACGGUUCGGACAGAUGCAGAACUCGAAGAGAUUGAUAUUAGCCAGGGUGACUGGGCAAUGGGAGACGACGAACUGGAUUUCGCCAAUGGCCAUGUCAACGCCGAGCCUGACGGCUUCGAAGAUGUGGACAUUGACCUCACAGUCGACGAUUCGGACUCGUCCGCAAACUUUGGUGGUCCGGACGUUCAGGAGUGUCCUCUGUGCGGGAAGCAGCUAGUAGGGCUUGACAUCGUGGCAAUUCAUGAACAUGUGAACCGAUGUAUAGACACAGUAUCGUCGCCCAAGGGCAAUACUUCGGCUGACACUCGCAACAUUUUGAAACCAUCAUCUUCUCUUCAAACACUCGAUGCCCGUAGCUGUAUUGCUCAUCCAAUGAAGAAAGAAUUCAGCAGCUCCAAAAGCGUGGAUGGGGGCGGUAUAUUCUCUCGCAUGAUGGUUUCCAAUCAAGAGAAUGAAGCAUGGAAAGAAGCAUCAGUCCUCGAGGAGCGACUCAGCACAGGCCGCCGGGGUAGAAGGAAAGCGCCUUUCUACAAGGUCAUGCAGGGUAUGCCCAUCGCCGUAGACGCGUUCUGCUACGGCACAAUCCCGGGUGUGACUGCGUAUUUCUUGACGCAUGCGCACUCUGAUCACUAUACCAACCUCUCGUCGAAAUGGAACAGCGGGCCAAUAUACUGUUCAGAGGGUACUGCCAACCUCAUCAUCCACAUGCUCGACGUUGACCGCAAGUGGGUCCACCCGUUGCCCAUGGAUGUACUGACUGUGAUCCCUGAUACUGGCGGUGUCAGCGUGACGCUAAUUGAGGCCAAUCAUUGCCCCGGGUCAUGCCUCUUCCUCUUCGAAGGCUUCCAGACGGUCAACGCAGGGGAUAGUGCGUUCAAGUCCCCAUCUGUCGGCACAUCUAGGACGUUCAGAUACCUCCACUGUGGCGAUUUUCGAGCAUCACCGCAACACGUCCUGCAUCCUGCUAUCAAAGGCAAACGGUUGGACCAUGUCUACCUCGACACCACUUAUCUUGACCCGAAGUAUUGCUUUCCUUCACAACCUCAAGUGAUCUCAGCAUGUGCUGAGCUUGCUAGGAGGAUAGUCACAGGACAACCUCUUCGCGAUCCAGGAGACUUGAAUGCCAAGAAGAGCCCAACUAUGGACAAGUGGAUCACUGUGCAGGAGAAGCCUGCCGACAAGAAAGAGGAGAAACCAGGCAGGGUGCUCGUUGUUGUGGGAACGUAUUCUAUUGGGAAGGAGCGAAUCGUCAAAGCCAUCGCACGAGAGUUGAAUACACAAGUUUACUGUGACACGCGCAAGACAGCUAUCCUCCGCUGCCAGCCCGAUCCUGAGCUGCAUUCAAUGUUGACAACGGACCCAAUCAAGGCCGGGAUACACCUGGUCCCUCUGGCAGUCGUUGCAUCGGAUAGACUGAAGACCUAUGUCGAGAGAUGGAAGGGCCAUUUCAGCAAAGCUGUUGGAUUCCGACCGACAGGAUGGACAUAUACCCCUCCUAGCGGCGCAGAGGCCAUGCCAACGAUCUCGUCCGUCAUCUCCCGCUCGCAGAGUCGCACAUUCACGCACGCCCAUCUUACCCCGACGAAGAACUCUACGGCGACGCUGCAGGUCUACGGGGUACCAUACUCGGAGCAUAGCUCAUUCUUCGAGCUGACAUGCUUCGCGCUCUCACUCGACUGGGUGAAGAUGAUUGCGACAGUCAAUGUUGGGAGCGAAAACUCAAGACGGAAGAUGGCAAAAUGGAUAGAGAGAUGGGAAGCGGAAAGGAAGAAGAAAGGAGCGGUGGAGAUCGUCAGUCAUAGAGCGGAGGACUACUGGUAG